ACCUGCGUGAAGAGAAACGGCGAGCUCGUUUUAAUAACUCACUCACAAAUGCAGUAACUGGUCUGCAGGGCACCCCUUUUGAAACUCGUUUAGUUUUCCUCUCGCUGCGUGGCAUAGAAUUUUCGUCAUGUACGCUUCGUUACUACUGCUCUUAGUGUGGACACUCAUGCUGAGCCCUGGGACAGCCAUCAGCAGUGAAGAAUUUGGACUGCAUUACGUCAAGGCUUAUUUUGAUGCCAUCGGUGUCGCUUUGGAGAAUUAUACACAAGCGGCAGAAAAGGUCAUCGAUUACAUGGCGAGCGCCGUGAAUGCCUUCAUAGAGAACGCUAACCAGUCCCGUGGGCCCAUGAAGGAUCUGCAACUGUUUUUGGAGGUGACCCUGCAGGAUGUCAUCAACGAACCCAAGGUUAAUGCAUGCGAGGGAACAUCCCUCUUCAAGCAUGUUGUGAUCGAACCCCAGGAAUACCCGGCGGAAGAUGACUCCGAAGCGGCUUUGUUCGAGUACGUUGCAGCCCUCGCAGAACUAACAAAGUUCGUCAACGCAGAGGCUGUGAAGGUGGAGACAAACGCCUUGGUUAUCUCUCUUUGGACUGGGCACGUGUCUCAGGUUCGCAAGGCAGCGGCUGCAAUCGGAGAGGAAGUGACCUCGGCUCUCCUAACAAUGUCUGGACAAUCUGGAAUUCCAAUUCUAGAGGGCAACGAACUCGGUGAAUGGGCCAAAUGGACGCUGUGCAAUCAACUACUAAGGCUGAGACCGUCAAGGGAGCUUCGUGAAACUCUCACCUUGGCUAGGGACUUGCCAACUUGGAGGGACUUUGGAAACUAUAGCUUGGAGAUGCUCAAUGGUGUUAUCAGGAGCGUGGCGGAAAAGGACUACACAUACCAGGCAGCUCUGGCUGAGCUGACUGGCUACCUUGUUCAGGCACCCAGCAGUAGGCAGAACAUAUACUGGACCAUGGUUAAGCUGCUACCAAAGCUAAGAGAGGCAUACUACUCCCAUUCAAACCAGCAGGAAUGGCAGUCGGAUCUUGGAGGCAUGAUAUUUGAGGUGGGCGCUAUCCUUUAUCACUACGGGUUCGUGGUCGACCAGAAUCUUCGUGACAGCAUCUUUGGGAUCGGUGAGCGACUCGGUGUCCUAGCCGCUGGACCCGAAAAGAAGUAACCAACCGGAAUGCAAGGGACGCUGUCAUUGGGAGUGAUGACGUUUCUUUGGCGCUGCGAAAUAAAGGUGUUUUGCAAAUUGA